AUGGAAGCAUGUAGAAGUGGCGACUUUGACACGGUACUAGGCCUAGUAGACGGUGGAGCUGACAUAGAAACAACGGAUGGUAACAAGAGCACACCUUUAUGGAUUGCAUCUGAACAAGGAAACAUUGAAAUAGUAAGGUUCUUAGUAGAAAAUGGAGCGGAAAUCAAUACAGGAAACGCUUGGAAGAAGACUCCCCUAAUUCUCGCUUCUGAACGAGGGUUUUUGUCUGUAAUAAAAUGUUUGAUGGAACAUGGAGCAGAUAUAAACGCAACUCGUGAAGAUGGAGUAAAGCCUUAUCAAAGAAAUUCAAAGUUUUAUCAAUCAGUUUCAAAUUCGUCACAUUCUUAUAUUGCUGAUAAAUCAACAUCACUACACGUAGCGUCUUCAAAGGGAUACUUUGAUAUCUUGGAAUAUUUGAUAGAUAAAAAAGCUAAGAUUGAAUUAAAAAAUAAGGACAAGAAAACUUCGUUGCAAAUUGCUUGUGAGAAUAACCAGGUCCAAGUUGUGAGGUAUUUGGCUCAAUGUGCUGCCAAUAUUAACACAGAUUUUGCCAUUGAGAUGGUUUCGUCAUGCCUUUCAAUGGAAGAUUUGUCGUAUGGCGUUCGCAAAAUUUUGGAAGGUAAGAAACAAAAAUACAGACAGUUCGUUAUAGACUUCAUAGAAGAACUUGUCGAAGAAGAGACAGACUUUCAUGUGCAGAUUGAUUCUUCAAACGAAGAGGCGAAAAAAGAAGAUGACCGAGAACUGUUGUGUAUAAUUUGUUAUGAGCGACCAGAAGAACCAGUGGGAUGUAUAAGUUGCAAACAAAUGAUCGGUUGCCGACAGUGCGCUUUGCAGUGGGGAAGUGACAGAGCUGAUACAGGCGAAUGCAGAAGGUAA